GCACUCACUAGUAAGGAGCAACUAUCUUUACUCUCUAGUCUUAUCUACCACUAACUCCUUCAUUCAUCAUACUCAAAACUCCUCCGCAUUCCCUACCCUACCCCCCCCCCCCCCGCUCCCCCCCCCCCCCCCCCCCCCCAUGGCAUCAGGACAAGCAGAAGAACCUUCUCAACCUCCCCUUCAAUACCAGACAUGGGUUCUCAAAGUUUCCAUCCACUGUCAAGGCUGCAAAAGGAAAGUGAAGAAAGUUCUGCAAAGCAUUGAAGGUGUUUACACGACAAACAUAGAUUCCCAGCAGCAAAAAGUUACUGUUACUGGCAAUAUUGAUGCACAAACCCUGAUCAAGAAACUGGUGAAAACUGGAAAGCAUGCAGAAUUAUGGCCGGAAAAGCCUCCCUCCGCCGGCAAGGAAAAGAAGCCCGGAAAAGGAAACUGCAAUGAGAAAGAAAACGACUCCAAGAGCAGUGAAAACAGCGAAGAGGAAGAGGAGGAGAAUCCAUCUGAUCAGGGCAAUAAUAAUAAUAAUCCUCAAGUCAAGAUCAGCUCUCCAAGAACCAAUGGUGGACCAACUGUUAAGUUCGUGGACCCUGUUUCUGUGGACAACAAGCCGCCGGAAAAUCUCCCCGGCGGGGACAAAUCUCCAGCGGCGGAGAUUAAUGGCAGCGCCAACGGUGGGGAGAAGAAUAGUGGUGGAGGAGGACAGGGACAGGGACAGGGUGGUGGGAAAAAGAAGAAAAAAAAGAAAGGGCGAAAAGGGAAAAACAGCAAUGCAGGUCCAGCACCUAAUGGCGCACCAGCAAGCACAGGAGUGGAGAUUCCAAAGGUGGGUUUCACCCAAGUUGUGGAUCAGAUUAAUCCGAGCCCUACAUCAGAGAAUGUGUACCAUUAUCCUCCGAAUUAUGCGCCACAAGCAGCAUAUGUGGUGAGCUACAAUGCGGCGCAUCGCACCGGCAACGGUGGUCCAAGUUAUUACAUGCCUCCAUCAGCGUACAGCUACGCCUCCUAUGCAGCAGCAGAAAUGUAUGAGGCGCAAGCUGCACCGUUGGAUUCGUUCGAGAUAUUGAGCGAUGAGAACCCAAAUGGAUGCAACAUCAUGUGAAGAAGAUGUAGAUAAGUUAAGGAAGGUUGGUGUGGGAGAAAAAUGGUGAAAAUUUUGCGGUAAUAGUGUCUUAGAAUGUGUGUUUGAAUGUGUUAAGGUAGUCUUAACUCUUCAUCAUCUUUCAUUCUCACCUUAAUUUGGUGUGUUAUUAAUACUAAUUUGCUUGCUACA